UAUUAUGGCAAAAGGAUUAUGUUGAGGUUCUGGUUGUUUGUGAUCAAUGUCAAUCGUAUUUAACGUUUACAUUAAGUCUUUGUUUAUGUUAUUAAUGGCUGAAAUGAGUGUUUCUAUAUUAUUUGAUUACUAAAUGAUUACUUUAGUAAAGUUCGUAGUGUGAUAAUUUCAACGUAUUGUGUUGUAAUUAUGGCGAAAGCGAGGUGUGUAGAAGCCGGUACAACAACGUAAAUAUAUAAAAAGUCCUUCACCUUGCCAAAACGACAUGGCGGGUUUUCGACAGCUUGAUCGGAAAAUUUUCCCGCUACAAGAUAUCGCGUCUGUUGUACGUUUAUUUAAAAAAGAAUUAGAUGGAAAAUCUGAACCUGAUUUAGCGCUUCUUUCUAUAAUUGUUGGGGCAGUCGAAAAUUCAAUGACAUGUAAUAGGUCUUACCCGGCUACGAAUGAAAAUGAUGUGUUUGGAGAUGCCCCCAAACACCUUACUCCUGUUGAAUAUCAUAUUGUGGAAGCGUUGUAUACUAAAUUCCAUUCAAUAAUCAAAGGGACGGUGGAUUUGUCAAUAUAUGGAGACCUGAAGUAUGCCACAAGAGAACUGGUGAAAAGAGUGUCUGAUGUGAUUUGGAAUUCCCUAACUAGGAGUUAUUACAAAGACAGAGCUCACCUUCAAAGCCUCUAUAGUUACUUGACAGGGAACAAACUGGACUGUUUUGGGGUUGCGUUUGCGGUGGUAGCAGGCUGUCAGGUGCUUGGGUUCAGUGAUGUACAUCUGGCUUUAUCAGAAGACCAUGCAUGGGUUGUGUUUGGGGAGCGUGGAGAUCAGACCGCCGAAGUCACAUGGCAUGGUAAGGGAAGUGAAGAUAAGCGUGGACAGGUGGUAGCAACUGGUGUGGGUUCACACUCAUGGCUCUAUGUCAAUGGCUACCCGAUCGUGUGUGACCGCUGGAUGGAAGUAGCUGCAUUGGUCUCUGCUAUCAACCCCUCCCUUAGCAUCACCAAUGAUGCUGUGGAAGUAGCAUUACUGCAGCAAGAGCUGCUUUGGUUACUCUACGAUUGUGGACAUUUGGCUCAGUUCCCCAUCGCAAUCGGUAACUUGGCAGAUCUGGAGGAGAUUUCUCCGACUCCUGGACGGCCACCUUGUUCCUCCCUGUUCCAGGAGGCCAUCAUGUCUGCCCGCAAACAUUACAACAACCAGCACGUCUACCCAUACACCUACCAGGCUGGCUACUUCUAUAGACACAACAUGUACAAAGAGGCCUUUGAGAGCUGGGCCAAUGCAAGCGAUGUCAUAAGGCUGUAUAACUAUUCAAGAGAUGAUGAAGAAAUCUACAAAGAACUAAUGGAGAUAGCCAAUGAGUUAAUUCCACACAUAAUCAAAGUGGUAAGUUCUGGUCACAGUGCUCGAUCCAUUCUGAAGGAUCCAGAGUGCUUUGCACAUUUACUGCGGUUCUAUGAUGGUAUUUGUCAGUGGGAAGAGGGAAGUCCAACCCCUGUGCUGCACAUAGGCUGGGCUAAACCUUUAGUGAACACCAUCUCUAAGUUUGACGCAGAAGUCAGAUCACAAGUGGUUAUUUUGGCAAGGGGUCUUCUCGAAGGUUCCGAAAAAGAUGGGAAGGAAGGUGGUGAUGUUUUGAACAAUAAUAAUGACUGUUGCAAAACUCGAGAGGGCGAUUUGAUCUCAACCUUGGAAUCAAAGGUGAAGGAUAGCAAACAAGCUGCAUUACAUCCGAGUAUUGAAGCGUUGACAGCAGCUUGUGGAGAAAGGAUACUCAAUAGAGAUUUUCUCCUUCAAGGUGGCGGAGAGCCGUUUGUAGGAGGAUCAGAAUUAGCUGCCACUUCUUCUGGCAUUGAUCUGUUAAAAACAGAAACAACCCAACCGAAGUUGGUGCUGCACAGUGAGAAAAUGAGAGGUCUCAAAGACUUGUUGUUGGCAGAGAAACUGAACACACAUGCCAUAAGUUUGCAGCUUACAGCACAAUCACAAGUACAAGUUGGGAAGAAAGUUAGGGAGGACCAGGGGUUAGGGGCAAGGCCUAAAAGAGCCCGGCGGGAAUAGACCUAAGUACAAUCUGUAGAGAUUAAAAAAGCUCUCUACAUCAUAUUUGUUAGUUUAAUAUGUUAGGUUUUACUGUUAAACUCUAGUCCUUGCUUAUGGGUUUUCCAAACUUGUUUAAGGUUAUGUGAUCAUUUCCAAUUUUUUUGGUUUUUUAGUUUCUUUUGAACAGUUUUACUGCUUAAUUAUUUUGAGGGUCCAUCAGCUACGUUAAGAUACAAUUAAAUGUUAAAUCUUUCUGUUGAAUUUUUUACAAGUGGCUUUAUUUUUAUAAUGUUUUUUAGUUUGUAUUAUCUGUUCUCGUAAUACUCUUGUUGAUGACUUCUUAAUGACAUUGUUUAUUGAUGUGAUAAAUACGUUUAAUUUAGUGGCUUUAAACACUCAAAGUGUUUUUGUUUUAAUGUUGAAUAAUUUUUCAUGUUGUAGUAGUAGAAUAUUUUAAUAAUGUUUUGUACUUAGAUCAUUGUUUGUGUUUUUAUUUCUAUUAGAACUGAUAACAUUCAAUUAUUUGUCCUUAAUAAGUAUUGUUGACACCAUUUUGUAGUUUUGUAUUGAUUUUAUGUUGGUGUGACUAAUAGUUCGUAAAUGGACUUGUUAUUAUUAGUAAAAUUUGAGCUGUGAACAAAUUGAGAGAUUUUGUGAGACUGGUUGGUUUGAAUGAUAAUGGAAUAGCUUUUAUUUUAGGUUUUUUUAAAAAUUAUUAUUGUUAAUAAAUUAUUAUAUUCAUUGCCGAAUCAAUAUAAAAAAGUCCUUUUUUAUUCAGUUUCCAUGAACAUUAAAUUCUUGAAAACCUUUACAAAUUUGUACUAUUUUAAUGAAAUUAAAUUAAAAUUUUGUAAUCAAGCAAAUCAUCAUAUUUAAUGUCUUGUAAAAUGCAAACAACUUAUAAAACAUAUAUUUUAAGUUAAACAUAAUUGUUAAAUCAGCAUGUAAUUUUUAUUAUGUUAAUGUUGUAAAUCAUUAUUUUAAGAUUACAUGUAAGUUUUCUUUUGGAAUAGUAACUCAGUUGUGGUUUGCAUUUUAUUGAAUUAUAUUUUUUAUUUUAAAAGAGAGAAAUGAGAAAAUUGCCAGAAUAAGAGUACAUCGCUUGUCACAGUGUAUUUAUCAGACAACACGUGUUAAAAUUGUUCACUUAACAAUCUUUCAAAAGGGACAGUUUCUUUAUUUUUUAGAUGUUCUUAAUUAAAAUUUCUAAACUUUAUUGUGCUGCUACCAAGGCAAUCAAAGAAGAAUAAGUAACAUUUACACAGUUUGAUGAAUAAGAUAAAUAUAAAUAACUAGCAUAUACCCGCGGGUUCGCCCGCAAUUUCUCUGCAACAUUUCAUGUAUUUGUUUGAAUAGCUCCCACGACUUCAGUAACACUUCAGCUAGAUCAAUAUAGAGGAACUCCAAAGUCGAAGUUCAUAGUUUUCUUAGUGAAUGCACUUGUAAGUAAUAUGAUAGGGUCCUAUGAUGUUUUUAAAGUGGAAUUAGUCAUGUAUCAUGCGUCAGAUACCCGUUUUAUAGUGUUGGUUCAUGAUUAAGAGGGCCAGAAGUUGAGCAAACAUGUGAGUAAUUCUUAUUUCAGGUUUUACACUUCUAAUUCAAAUAAAUUAUAUUUCCAAUGCUAAAUUGGAGUCUGCUAUUUUGCCCAUAGAAACAAUAUAAAUAGACACAUACAUAAUUUUGUCAUGAGGUUGGAUUCAAAAUAGUAUAGUAGUCUAAAUUGUAUGGAUAUAGAUUGUUAUUGAAAAUUAAAAACUGAAAUCGACAUCAAUAAUACUAAUAAAUUGCAAUACUUACAAUAUGACAGUGGCCACCCAUAUGUGAAGAUAAUACAUGAUUUACAUGAUAGUAAAUUUCUUGCUUCGCAAUCUAUGUUUACUAUAUCAUAUUAUUUCUUCAGUCCAAUCUAGGAAUUAUUUCUAAUCAGUAUUGUAUACCUCAUAAGUGAGAAAUGGAUCCGACGUCACCUCGAUGAUUUCCUUCAUAAAAAUUUCAUGAACUGUUUUGUGUAUUGCUUUGCGUCCAAGGAUAUAAAAUUGGUUUGCCUAAGAUGUUGAAAAAAGAAUUGUCGAUACUUUUUUAUGCUUCCACUUCAUAAACGUAACCAAAUAAUAAUAAAGUUUUGCUGUCAUAAUACAAUGUUACUGAUUCUUUGAAUUCACGUUAUACAACUUUAGAGACCAAGAUGGGGUUCAGAAUCAUUGAUCCCUAGGUUAAGUGUUAAAGAGGACUUCUUCAUACUAACUCUGCCUGGUGUAGUACGUUCUUUAUCUUUUAUGUCUAAAAUCUUGCCAGAAAAAAUUUCUGCCAAAAUUUACAAGUUAUAUUGGAGUUGUAUCAGUAUAUCUAGUCACCUGUGAAAUUGGGUCAGAAAUGUUAUUAUAAUUUGGAGAGGUUGUUUCAAAGUAACAAGGAUCCAUUUGAUCAACAUAUUCAUCUGUUCUUAUUCUGGUAAUCUUGAUUAAACAUAUUUUGAAUAAAAUAGGUGAAUUAUACUCAUGUCAAUUAUGCUUUUUGAUCAUUGUUUGAGAAACUAUUUAAAUUUACGCUGAUUCUUUUACUUUUUCUAUGCUCAUUUGUUUCAAGGCUUAAUUUCUAAUGUUAAAAUAAUAAAACUCAAUGAUUUUAUGUUGUUUUUUCUAACACUGAGUUAUUUAAAUGAUUUUGGGCCUCAAAUGCUGUAGUAGCCCGUGUGAACUUUACUCUAAGGCUUCAUCAUUGUAACUAGUAUUUUUCCGUCUAAUUCUUAGUAGAAUUAUUUAAAUAAACAUAUUACACCUUAUGAUAAAACAAGCGUUUCAUAAUUUACACAAUGCUUAAAUUUGUUUGUACAAAAACAUGUCCUUAAGUACAAAUGGUCAAAAAUGCUAAGAUUUUAUUAGAAUUUUACUUUAUCCUUAGUAGCUUUUUAUUAAUUUUUAUAGCUUCAUUAGUAUGGAUAAAUGUUGUAUGUGACAAGUAAUAUUAAUAUUGUUAUGGUAAUUCCAGAUGUUAUAUGAUAAAGCAGUAUUAGUAUAUUUAUACUUUGUACAGGAAUAUGAAAUUGAUUUUGUGUACGAAAAAGGGACAUUCUUGUUGUUAACAUGACAUUAUUUUAUACUCCAACACUGAUUUAUAUUUUUGUAACUAAGUUAUACAAAUGGGUGCCACAUAUGUUUUACUUUGUUCAAAAUAUAUUACUCAUUAAUUAGAAGAUAGUAGGAUUUCAUUUUUUAAUUCAAUUUCCCCAUCUUUUAUUAAAAAACUGUGUGAUAUAGACUAAGAAGAGUAAAUUGUAUAGGGAUCUAAAAAUUCAGUAUUUUUUAGAUACUAAAACAUUUCAAAUUGAUUGGUUUUGUAUUAAAUGAAUUCCCCUUAAAACAUGCAUAAACUUUAUUUCCUGUAAUUAGAGUUAAAUAAAUGAUAUACUAUAAGUGGUAGUAUUAACAAAAUAUACAAUAUGCUUUGAAGUUUAUUAAAAUAUGUGAAAUACAGGGUUAUCAUAAAAGAAUGGUGCAGUUUCAGUAAUUAAUAGGAAGAUAAUAGGACCAUUUCUAGAUGUUAUAUUGGUAUCUCUGAAAGCUUGUAACCCAAAAGUUGGUUUAUAAGCUGUUCUAAUCUCAAAAUCAGUUCUUGUAUUAAUGUUGCUGCGAGUUUUAUGAGUUACUAUGUUCUCGGAUAAAGAUAAAGCAAAGUGUGUUUUAUUGAAAGUCCUGGGAAGUCCAUCCCUCGUCAAAGUGUUGAAUUAGGUAUUCCAAAAACAACAGCUCACAAAGUUUUACAUCAAAACUCAAAUUACACGCUUAUAAAAUCCAGAUACUGCAGGAAUUGAGACCCAAUGAUCGUUUAAACCGUUACAAUUUCACUGUUGAAAUGUUGGCCAGAAUAAGUGAAAACAAAUCAUUUUUAGAUGAUAUAAUUUUUACAGAUGAAGCUACUUUCCAUGUGAAUGGAUGUAUUAACAGACACUAUUCAUGAAUAUGGGGCUCUGAAAACCCAUACGUAAUUGUUGGGAAACAACGUGAUUUGCCUAAAGUUAAUAUUUGGUGUGGUGUGAUGAAAAAUCACCUAAUAGGGCUUUUCUUCUUUGCUUAAAAAAAAAAAAAAAAAAAAAAAAACCAAUCAAUGGAGUUGCGUAUCUCGACAUAUUGACCAAUUAUUACUUUCCUCAGCUAGACAACAAGAUAGUGCUUCCUCACACUCAGUGAAUUGGUCAUGGACGCUUUAAACGAAGCUUUUGGAGAUCGAUGGAUAGGCCAGCAAGGAGUCCAGACCUGACACCUUGUGAUUUUUUUUCUUGUGGAAGUACAUCAAAAGCGUUGUUUAUUCACAAAAAAUUCAUGACCUCAACUACUUAACACAGGAUUAAUGAAGCAAUGACAACAAUAACUGAAGAAAUGUUAUCAAAAUGUUUGGAGAGAAGUUGAGUAUCGUUUGAACAUUUGCCGAGCGACUAAGGGCACACAUAUUAAAAUGUAUUAGUUAUGUAAAAAAAACUGUUUGAGACGACAAAUUAGAUGAAUAAACAACAUUAACUGUAUGUAAUUCGGGUUUUCUUUAAAUCAUGUUCGAAGCCACACCAUUCUUUUAUGAUAACCCUUUAUUUAAAAAAAAGUUAUGUAAGAUAUGAUCAAGUUUGGUUACCAAGAGUAAAGCCAUUUUUAUGAGUGGAUAUAUUGAAAUCAGAAACAUUGUUUUAGAAAAAGCUGUUUUAAUUUCAAUACUCGUAAUGUUAGAGUUUUAUUUUUACACCUAUUAAAACUUUGGAAUAGUUGCAUGGCAAUUUUGUAUUUUACACAAAAUAAUAAUCAAGUUUGGUUACCAAGAGUAAAGCCAUUUUUAUGAGUGGAUAUAUUGAAAUCAGAAACAUUGUUUUAGAAAAAGCUGUUUUAAUUUCAAUACUCGUAAUGUUAGAGUUUUAUUUUUACACCUAUUAAAACUUUGGAAUAGUUGCAUGGCAAUUUUGUAUUUUACACAAAAUAAUAAUUAAUUAUGCCCUAGUUUAGAGAUUGCAUAUCUUUUCUUAUGUAAAAAAUAAUUAUUUUUUGUUAGGAAGUCCUAAUAAAAUGUCCUGUCCUAGUUAGAAGUUGGAAAGUAAAUAAUGUUGAUUUAAUGUCCCUUUUCCCAGUCUUGUGGGUGGGUAAUGGCAACACUGAAUGUUUAACAUAGUAUAUAUUUUCUUGAAGCUAACUUUGUACAGCCAACUUGCAUGUGAAUGUAGUAAAAUAAAUGCAAUAUUUAAUGUUGAACCAAUAUGUUUUGCCUUUUUAGUCAUGACAUGUAUAUAAUAUCCUCAAUAAGUAUGUUAGUUUGAGCAGUGUUUUUCAAUAUUUAUCUUACGUACUUUGUUUAAACAAUUUUAACAGAUUUUGAGUUUUUUGUCCAUGUAGUAAUUUAUUCUAAAUGUACACACAUUUUGUUAUAAUUGUAAAUCUGUGUUUUGGGGUAACUUAAAGUGAGACAUGAGCUACAAUCAUUUGGUAUAAUGAUUUAUUAUUAUUAUGUGAGUAACAGGGAGAUAAAGUUAUGUUUGUAAUAAAAGCGGGUGCUAAAUAUUUCUGUACUGGUUGUUAUAAAGAAGGGCUGAGCGGAUGAGAAACAGUUUUGGCACAAGUCUAACUGGUUGUCCAAAUUAGUCUCACCUGCGCUGACAACUUCGACCUAAACAUUUUAACCAUUCUAAUCAAGUGUUUUCCACAUUAAGAUUGUUUGGUUGUAAAUGAGGAAGUACCUAGUUAUGAUGUAAUGAGCUGUUCAUAGUAUUGUAAUUUAAAGAAUUAAUUACACCUGUAAUUGAAUAAGAUUAGGAUUUGGUGCCAUCUAAUAUUUUACUGCAUUAUAUUGGCAUGCUGAUCAAUUUUGUCUGUGGCUAUGAUGUGACUUGAGAGUUGUUUAGGCGUUGACGUAAGCAGUUGUAUUUUAGCGUACUCAUUACUUGAUAACUUUAAAAUUUGUAAUUACUGCUCUACACUUAUUUUGAACUUUUUUUGUUUUUUGUGGUAUCUGGGGUGAGGUGACCAAAACUAGGUUGUUGCCUGAUAUUCAGCUACACAACAUUUACAUCCAGAUUUUAUCAGAUUGAAAUUUGAAUUUGGUAUAGUGUUAAUAAUACAUUGUUAUUGUAUUAACAUGUUCAUGAUGUAUACCCCAGAUAUUUCACAACUGCAGUCAGGUAUAACUCAUUAUUCUUAAAGGUUUAACAUAAAAAAGACAACGGUUUUUUGCCAUUAUUAUUAAAAAAUUUGACGCCAUAU